UGUGAUUCCAGGUUGGGGAUUUGGUCCAUCGAAGCCUCUUACUCUGACGAUUUCACCACAAAAGCGAGAACAGACUUUGAAGUUAAAGAAUACGUUCUUCCCAGUUUCUCCAUCCUGGUGGAACCUGAAGCUAACUACAUUAGCUUUGGAAGCUUCAAACAUUUUAACGUCAAGGUGUCGGCCAGGUACCUCCACGGUGCUCCGGUGGCUGAUGGCGAGGUGUUUCUGCGGUACGGCUACAUCAGCGGGAAAAAUCCUCCGGUUAUCGUCCCCAGCUCCGUCACCAGAGAGCGACUGUCCUCGACAGGUGAAGUAGAUGUGACGGUGAACAUGGAGACGGUCCUGUCCAGACACAAUGGGCCAAAAGACCUCAACAGUCUGGUGGGAAAGUACCUGUACAUCGCUGUCCUGCUGCAGGAGGACACAGGUGGGAUCACUCAGGAGGCGGAGUUUGCUGCCGUGAAGUUUGUCAAAUCACCGUACAGUCUGAGCCUGGUGUCCACGCCCCCCUUCAUCAAACCCGGACUUCCUUAUAACAUCCAGGUGCUGGUGAAGGAUCACCUGGACAAACCGGUGAACCGGGUCCAGGUGAGUCUGGUGGAGCGUCAGCUGUUCAGGAAAGGGGCGGAGAAGGAGGAGAUCCCGUGUCCCGCCAGCGCCACCACCCAAUCAGACGGGCUCGCCUUCUUCAUCUGCAACACGCCCAGCGAGGGAGUCCGAGCCCGGCUGAAGUUUGAGACAGCGGACCCGGCCCUCCCAGCGGCGUCACAGGCAUCUCUGAUCCUGGAGGCGGCGGCCUAUCACUCUCCUAACCAGCGCUACCUGUACAUCGACCCGCCGCUGCCCGGCCAAGGCCUGCAGGUCGGACGCUUCGCCAACAUCAAGGUGUACUCGGCCACGCCCUCCUACGUGCCCGUCAAAGCCCUCAGCUACCUGGUGCUCUCCAAAGGGAAGGUGGUGGAUUUCGGCAGUCAGAAGUUCGUCUCGAGCGGCGACCACAGACAGAUGCUGCGCUUCGAGGUGACGCCCGCCAUGGUACCGUCCAUCAGGCUGCUGGUCUACUACAUCCUGUACGGGGAGGGGACGUCCGAGCUGGUGGCCGACUCCGUCUGGCUGGACGUCAGAGACAAGUGUGUCAACGGACUCCAGACCGAUGUGUCGUAUCGUACUCGUGUUUACAAACCAAAGGAAAAACUCCGUCUGGACGUCCGGACCAAUCAGGUCGGUCUGGUGGCGCUGUCUGCUGUAGACUCCGCCCUCUACAUACUGCGGCCCAACUACAGAGACCCCGUUACCAUGGUCCUGCGUCACCUGGAGCAGAGCGAUCAGGGCUGCGGAGGAGGCGGCGGCAGAGACAGCGCCGACGUCUUCCGAUUGGCCGGACUCACCUUCAUCACUAACGCCAACGCACAGCCCUCCACCAGCAGUAUGUCAAUCAAUCAA